AUGGCAUGCUGGGAGCUGGGAAUCCAACUGAAGCGGGAUUGGCUCCCGAAAGCUGAGAAGGAGAAGGUGAAGCUCUUGGUGGUGGGCAUCGGCACCGCGGAGAGCGCCAAGGAGUUCGCGCAGCAGGUGGGUCUUGCGCCUGAGAUGGUCUUCGGGGAUGAGGAGGCGGCAGCCUACCAGAGCAUUCGCUUUGUGAACUCCGACUUCGAGGAGGACGGCCGGCAGCGGGGCAUGCGCAUGAUGACGCAGAAGACGGCGGAUGCCGUGCGGAGCCGUGCCAACGGCCGGCCCGUGAGCUUCUUUGGGCUCUUCGACGUGCCCUUCUUGAUGACCAACGACGACUUGGAGACGGCCAAGGAGAUCUACAAGCCUUUGAUGCCAGAGGGCGACAAUGCCAUGGACAAGACCCUGGUGCAGGGCGGUGUUCUGGUUUUCAACGGCCAGCAGCAGGUGUACAAGCACCGUGAUACGAGUGUAGGCGUGCACGCCGAGCUGUCAAAGGUCAUGGCUGCGCUGGCAUAG